AGAGCAAGCAUAGAAUAGAAGCAGGAAGAAUUUUCGAGUGUUCCACCAUGCUGGAUUGUCAAAGGGAGAUCUGUCUGAUCAGCAGCUAAAAAAGGAUUUGAGAGGCUAGUUUGUCAGCUGUGGUUAGAAACAAAUGAUAGACGGAGCUAAGCGGCAGGGGGCUCAGCAUGUGUUUAGGUUGCCAUUGGGGCAGAAGCAGAAGGUGGGUUUGGGUUAAUAGAGAAGAUUUAUCUCUGAGGCAAUAAAUUUAUUGCUAAUUGUGGGGGGGCUUUUUGUUUUUGUUUUGUUGUUUUUGGUGCGGGUUUUUGGAAGAGUGGUGUGUGGCGUUUUUAUUUACACCACUGGUGAAGAUAAAGACAAGCUGCUGAACUCUGGUUUGAACUGCAGAGGCUGUGGACAAUUACAAGUUGCUGAUAUGUGUUCAAGAUGAGUGGGAUGGGAGAAAACACCUCUGACCCGUCCAGGGCAGAGACAAGAAAGCGCAAGGAAUGUCCUGACCAGCUCGGACCCAGCCCCAAGAGGAGCACUGAGAAACGCAAUCGUGAACAGGAAAAUAAAUAUAUCGAAGAACUUGCAGAGCUGAUAUUUGCAAAUUUUAACGACAUAGACAACUUUAACUUCAAACCUGACAAAUGUGCAAUCUUAAAAGAAACUGUGAAGCAAAUCCGUCAGAUCAAAGAACAAGAGAAAGCAGCGGCUGCCAACAUAGACGAGGUGCAGAAGUCAGACGUGUCAUCCACGGGGCAGGGUGUCAUCGACAAGGAUGCGCUGGGGCCCAUGAUGCUGGAGGCCCUUGAUGGGUUCUUCUUUGUAGUGAACCUGGAAGGCAACGUUGUGUUUGUCUCAGAGAAUGUGACACAGUACCUAAGGUAUAACCAAGAGGAGCUGAUGAACAAAAGUGUAUAUAGCAUCCUGCAUGUUGGGGACCACACUGAAUUUGUCAAAAACCUGCUGCCAAAGUCUAUAGUGAACGGGGGAUCUUGGUCUGGCGAACCUCCCAGGCGCAACAGCCAUACGUUCAAUUGUCGGAUGCUGGUGAAACCUUUGCCUGAGUCCGAAGAGGAAGGUCAUGAUAACCAGGAAGCACAUCAAAAAUAUGAAACUAUGCAGUGCUUUGCUGUCUCUCAACCAAAGUCCAUCAAGGAAGAAGGAGAAGUGUCUCCGAUUGAAGAUUUGCAGUCCUGCUUGAUCUGUGUGGCAAGGAGAGUCCCCAUGAAGGAAAGACCGGUUCUUCCCUCAUCAGAAAGUUUUACUACUCGCCAAGAUCUCCAAGGCAAGAUCACAUCACUGGACACGAGCACCAUGCGGGCCGCCAUGAAGCCCGGCUGGGAGGACCUGGUGAGGAGGUGCAUUCAGAAGUUCCAUGCCCAGCACGAGGGGGAGUCUCUGUCUUAUGCCAAGAGGCAUCACCAUGAAGUGCUGAGACAGGGGUUGGCUUUCAGUCAGAUCUACCGUUUCUCCUUGUCCGACGGCACUCUUGUUGCUGCACAAACGAAAAGCAAGCUCAUCCGUUCUCAGACUACUAAUGAGCCUCAGCUUGUCAUAUCUUUGCAUAUGCUUCACAGAGAGCAGAAUGUGUGUUUAAUGAAUCCGGAUCUGACUGGACAAGCAAUGGGGAAGCCAUUGAAUCCAAUUAGCUCCAGCAGCCCUGCCCAUCAGGCCAUGUGCAGCGCGAACCCAGGUCAGGACAUGGCCCUUGGUAGCAAUAUGAAUUUCCCCAUAAACGGCCCCAAGGAGCAAAUGAGCAUGCCCAUGGGCAGGUUUGGUGGUUCCGGGGGACUGAACCAUGUGUCGGGCAUGCAAGCCACCACUCCUCAGGGUAGUAACUAUGCACUCAAAAUGAACAGUCCCUCACAGAGCAGCCCUGGCAUGAAUCCAGGCCAGCCCACCUCCAUGCUUUCACCGAGACAUCGCAUGAGCCCUGGGGUGGCUGGAAGCCCCCGAAUCCCACCCAGCCAGUUUUCCCCCGCAGGAAGCUUGCAUUCCCCCGUGGGAGUUUGCAGCAGCACAGGAAAUAGCCAUAGCUACACCAACAGUUCCCUCAACGCACUUCAGGCCCUCAGCGAGGGGCACGGGGUCUCUUUGGGGUCAUCGUUGGCUUCGCCGGACCUAAAAAUGGGCAAUUUGCAAAACUCCCCAGUGAAUAUGAAUCCUCCCCCACUCGGCAAGAUGGGGAGCUUGGACUCCAAAGACUGCUUUGGGCUGUAUGGGGAGCCCCCUGAAGGCCCAGCUGGCCAGGCAGAGAGCAGCUGCCAUCCUGGAGAGCAAAAGGACACCAGUGAGGCCAGUGGACCCCAGGGUGUGAGCAGCGAGCGAGCUGACGGGCAGAACAGACUGCAUGACAGCAAAGGACAGACCAAACUCCUCCAGCUGCUGACCACCAAAUCCGACCAGAUGGAGCCUUCACCGCUGUCCAGCUCUUUGUCGGACACAAACAAGGACUCCGCGGGUAGCUUGCCCGGUUCCGGGUCGACACAUGGGACCUCGCUCAAGGAGAAGCAUAAGAUUUUGCACAGACUCCUGCAGGACAGCAGUUCUCCUGUGGACUUGGCUAAGUUAACAGCGGAAGCCACAGGCAAAGAGCUGAGCCAGGAGGCCAACAGCACAGCUCCUGGUUCAGAGGUGACUGUGAAACAGGAGCCAGUGAGCCCCAAGAAGAAAGAGAAUGCACUACUUCGCUAUUUGCUGGAUAAAGAUGAUACUAAAGACAUUGGCUUACCGGAAAUAACCCCCAAACUUGAGCGGCUGGACAGUAAGACGGACCCUGCCAGUAACACAAAGUUAAUAGCUAUGAAGACCGAGAAGGAGGAGAUGAGCUUUGAGCCUAGUGACCAGCCUGGCAGCGAGCUGGACAACUUGGAGGAGAUUUUGGAUGAUUUGCAGAAUAGUCAAUUACCACAGCUUUUCCCAGACACGAGGCCUGGCGCCCCUGCUGGAUCAGUUGACAAGCAAGCCAUCAUCAAUGACCUCAUGCAACUCACAGCUGAAAACAGCCCAGUUACACCUGUUGGAGCCCAGAAAACAGCACUGCGAAUUUCCCAGAGCACUUUUAAUAACCCACGACCAGGGCAACUGGGCAGGUUAUUGCCAAACCAGAAUUUACCACUUGACAUCACAUUGCAAAGCCCAACUGGUGCUGGACCCUUCCCACCAAUCAGAAACAAUAGUCCCUACUCAGUGAUACCUCAGCCAGGAAUGAUGGGUAACCAAGGGAUGAUAGGAAACCAAGGAAAUGUAGGGAACAGUAGCACAGGGAUGAUAGGUAGUAACGCCGCCCGGCCCACCAUGCCAUCUGGGGAGUGGGCACCACAGAGUUCCGUGCGAGUCACCUGUGCUGCUACCGCCAGCGCCAUGAGCAGGACGCUCCAAGGAGGUAUGAUUCGGAAUCCAGCCGCCAGCAUCCCCAUGAGACCCAGCAGCCAGCCUGGCCAAAGGCAGAUGCUUCAGUCUCAGGUCAUGAAUCUAGGGCCAUCUGAGUUAGAGAUGAACAUGGGGGGCGCCCAGUAUAGCCAACAGCAAGCUCCUCCAAACCAGACCGCCCCGUGGCCUGAGAGCAUCCUGCCCAUAGACCAGGCCUCCUUCGCCAGCCAGAGCAGGCAGCCGUUCGGCAGCUCCCCCGAUGACCUGCUGUGCCCACACCCUGCCGCCGAGUCUCCCAGCGACGAGGGCGCCCUCCUGGACCAGCUCUACCUGGCCUUGCGGAACUUCGAUGGCCUGGAGGAGAUUGACAGAGCUUUGGGAAUACCCGAACUGGUCAGCCAGAGCCAGGCAGUCGAUCCAGACCAGUUCUCGAGCCAGGACUCCAACAUGAUGCUGGAGCAGAAGGCGCCCGUCUUCCCCCAGCAGUACGCGUCUCAGGCCCAGAUGGCCCAGGGGAGCUAUUCUCCCAUGCAGGACCCCAACUUCCACAGCAUGGGGCAGCGGCCCAGUUACGCCACACUCCGCAUGCAGCCCAGACCCAGCCUCAGGCCCACAGGCCUGGUGCAGAACCAGCCGAAUCAGCUGAGGCUCCAACUGCAGCAUCGCCUCCAAGCACAGCAGAAUCGCCAGCCCCUUAUGAAUCAAAUGAGCAAUGUGUCCAAUGUGUCCAACCUGACUCUGAGGCCUGGAGUACCAACACAGGCACCUAUUAAUGCCCAGAUGCUGGCCCAGAGGCAGCGGGAGAUCCUGAACCAGCAUCUCCGCCAGAGACAGAUGCAUCAGCAACAGCAAGUUCAGCAAAGGACUUUGAUGAUGAGAGGCCAAGGGUUGAAUAUGACAUCAAGCAUGGUGGCUCCUAGUGGGAUGCCCGCAACUAUGAGCAACCCCCGGGUCCCCCAGGCAAAUGCACAGCAGUUUCCAUUUCCUCCAAACUACGGAAUAAGUCAGCAACCUGAUCCCGGUUUCACUGGGGCUACCACACCCCAGAGCCCUCUGAUGUCACCCCGAAUGGCGCACACGCAGAGCCCCAUGCUGCAGCAGACCCAGGCCAGCCCCGCCUAUCAGGCCUCCUCUGACAUGAACGGAUGGGCACAGGGGUCCAUGGGUGGGAACAGCAUGUUUUCACAGCAGUCCCCACCUCACUUUGGGCAGCAAGCAAACACCAGCAUGUACAAUAACAAUAUGAACAUCAAUGUAUCCAUGGCAACCAACACAGGUGGGAUGAGCAACAUGAACCAGAUGACAGGACAGAUCAGCAUGACCUCAGUGACCUCCGUGCCUACGUCAGGGCUGUCCUCCAUGGGUCCCGAGCAGGUUAAUGACCCUGCUCUGAGGGGAGGCAGCCUUUUCUCAAACCAGCUGCCUGGAAUGGAUAUGAUUAAGCAGGAGGGAGACGCAUCACGGAAAUACUGCUGACACUGAAGGUAGCUGGUUGCUUCUUUCUUCAGCUGACUGGGCUCACUUGCUCACAACACUUCCUGGUCUGGGAUGGAGAGCUGCGUCUAUUUGUUUUGACCCCACCGGCCUGCCAGCCAGGUCUGCCCAGCGAGCUUAGCAGAUGCGGGCCUGGCCCAGGGAGUGGCGGCUGCA